AUGGAAAUCCGCACAUUUUCCAACAUGGCAGUGCAUGGUGGCGGACUGUAUGAUAGUGCGAUGGAAGACAGGAAUGGUUAUCAUCAAAGCUACGCUCAGAACUUACCUGCUUAUGAAAGAGCCAUAGAACCCAACGUAGACUCUGCAGAACAAAAGGACUUAUUUGCCCAAUACUCUUUUCAAGGUGUAUUGACCUUUUUGCAACAAGCAUGGUCUCGCCUGGAGAUGCAACGCUCACAGUGGGAAAUGGAGCGCGCUGAAUUGCAGACUAGAAUAUCUUUUCUUCAAGGCGAGAGAAGGGGCCAGGACAAUCUUAAACAGGACCUGGUCCGAAGGAUUAAGAUGCUCGAGUACGCCCUCAAAAUGGAGCGCGUCAAAUAUCAUAAGCUUAAGGCUGAACUUAAUGCAGGCUCUGCUACUACUCUAGCAACCAGAGCGCCUUCCGAAACCUGCCACAUAGAUUUGAAUGAAAAUAGCAAAUCAGAUUCCUAUACCGGGACGCUUGAUCUGGCUCAGCAGUUAGCACAAUCUACUGAGAAGGCCAUAGAAAGCAAUACAAAAUGGAGAGAAAGUAGGAACAGGCUUAAAAAAUACCUACAGGAGGUCGGUUAUACUGAUGCUGUUCUUGAUGUUCGUCAAGAACGCGUGCGUCAACUUCUCUUAUCCGCUUCUGGAGCUGCUUUAUCCGGUAUUCCCUCUGGGACUUCCGAAACAGCUAAAUGUGGUGCUGGCGAAUGGGCUGGAACAAAGCUACAGGACUCCAACAAGUUAGAGAAUCCGCUUAUCACGGGCGAAACAUGA